AAUACAAUCCAUGGCCAAAGUGACACUUUGGAAUAUCUUGUGCAACCCCUCGGAAAAAAAAACAAGAUUCAUCACAACUACCUAGCAACUGACACUCGACAGUGAAGACUUGGAGGUGGAACCCCACAGACUGCAAAGUGAAAAAUGGGAGAUUGGACUUUUUUGGGCCGUCUACUGGACAAGGUGCAGACCCACACCACGGUCAUCGGGAAGGUCUGGCUGACCGUCCUCUUCGUCUUCAGGAUCCUGGUCCUGGGUGCGGGAGCCGAGAGGGUGUGGGGGGACGAGCAGUCGGGUUUCAUCUGCAACACGAAGCAGCCCGGCUGCGAGAACGUCUGCUACGACCGCGCCUUCCCCAUCUCACACAUCCGCUUCUGGGUCAUGCAGAUCAUCUUCGUCUCCACGCCAACCCUAAUGUACCUGGGACACGUUCUGCUCAUCGUUCACCAGGAAAACAAGCUGCGGAUUCAUCUACAAAACCAUGAGCAGACCCUAAAGGUGCCAAAGUACUCAGAUGACCAUGGAAAAGUGAAGAUCAAGGGAGACCUGUUGGGGAGCUACAUGGUGAACCUGGUCUUCAAGAUCCUGUUUGAGACGGCCUUCAUCGUGGGCCAGUACUACCUCUACGGCUUCAUGCUGGAGCCCAUGUUCGUCUGCUCCAGAUCACCCUGCCCCUUCCACGUUGAAUGCUACUUGUCCCGGCCGACAGAAAAGACCAUCUUCAUCAUCUUCAUGCUAGUGAUCUCUUGUGUGUCUCUGCUGUUGAAUGUAAUGGAGAUAUUUUAUUUAAUCUGCUCAAGGCUGAAGGAUUCAUCUAGAAAAAAGCAGAAAUACACGACCACUUUGCACACUGCACUGACCGGAGACAGUCGCCAGAGUACUUUAUCCAACAAAGUAUAUCUGAAGAAUGAGGAUGGACAGACUUGCCCUCACAGCAUAGCAUAAGAUCAACCACAUCAAUCUCAGAUCAUGUGACAUGCUGAGCUUGAUGUUAAAUUGGCCCAUAUGCGUUAUGAUGUAUCAAGGGAAAUUUUUCUCAAUAGGACAAAUCAAUGCCUGUAUGUAUCUCAAAGUCAGAAAUUGAUUUUUAUUUAUCCAUGUAAUUUAGUCUAUUUGAUGUGCAUUGUGAUUAUUUGUAUCAGUAUAUGUAUGUGAAGUAUAUAUAUGUAAUUACACUACAUAAAGGUUUAAAAAGCAUAAACAUCGAA